AUGCCAGGGAUUCGUUACUAUCGUUGCUCACGGUGCGGCAGCCAUAGAUUUUCACUCAAGUCGCUCUUCAGGCAUUUGAACCUAGCCCAUGGCCACGAGACAGACUGGAUCUGUGGCGUUGAAGGAUGUAUGCAGACAUUCAGAGUCUUCGCUUCAUACAGAAAACAUGUGUAUCGCAAUCAUGAUGAGGCAUUAGGAGUGAACCGGCGUCCUCAACAAAAUCUUGUGGCGGAAAGAACACCAAGCAGCACAGAAACACAACCUGGUGCUGGCUGUAGUCAGGAGGAUCAAGAAGCAAUUCCCAUAGAAGAUUCCCGAUCGGAGUGCUCUGAUGUUCCAAGUGACUACGUGAGACAUCUGUCCGUCAUGUUUUUAAAAUGGAAGGAAGCAAGACGCCUUCCAGAGUCAACGGUGAAUGAAAUAGCAAAUGACAUCAUCCCAUUCGUUGCUUCUAUCUUAGACGAUGACAAGCUUCUGUCGAAUGAAGAAAAUUCUGCAGAGCUAAAAAGGGCGUACAAAACGCAGAUGAGCAAGCUCUUGACAGAAAGCGGCCGAAAGGCGCACUGGAAGAAUAACUUCACGCUUGUUGAGCCCAAAACCAUAUUGCUUGGAAAGGUGAAUGGAAAGUGUGAAACUAUGGAGUACGUGCCACUGCGUGAUGUGCUCAAGUGUAUUUUAGAACAUCCUGCCCUCUCAGGGGACUUCAACAGUUUUCUAGAGAUGCAUGAUCAUAUGUGCUCAGUUUUUGAUGGUAGUGCUUUUAAGAAUCACCCUUUUUUUGCUGGGGACAAGAGCAAGAUUUGCUUGCAGUUGUACACAGAUGAAUUCGAGGUGUGCAACCCUUUGGGGAGCAAAAGGGGAAAGCACAAAUUGACUGCGGUCUACUUUUCUGUGCUCAACUUCAACACUAAAUAUCGCUCGGCGCUUUCAGGCAUCAACUUGGUCAUUCUAGUGAAAGACAAAUAUAUCUCCACAUACGGUUUUCAAAAGAUUCUUGCACCCUUGCUUGAAGACGUGGCCAUAUUAGAAAACGAUGGCAUAGUUGCAAAUGGAAAAGUUAUGAAAGGGUCUGUUUUCAUCCUUACUGGGGACAACCUUUCCAGCCACAGAAUUGGGGGUUUUAAGGCUUCAUUCACUCAAGGAAGAAUAUGCAGAUUCUGUAUGGCACUGCGCCACGAGGUGAACUACAAGCAUCUAGAGAGUGACUAUGUGCAGCGAACGCCGGAAGGGCAUCAACAUCAUUUAAACAUGCUGAAUGCAGGGCUGCCAACUGCAUCACUGUAUGGCGUCAAGGAGGUUUGCCCACUUCUUGCACUUCAAGGAUUCGAUCCAACCCAACACUUGCCCCCAGAUUUAAUGCACGACCUGCAUGAAGGCGUCAUACCAUUCGCACUGAAGUACAUUAUUUCAUCUUUAAUUUCACAAGGUUUCUUCUCACUCGAACAUCUCAACAGCUUGAUUGUAGAAUGGAAGUAUGACCCAUGCGAUUCAAAGAACAAACCAGAGAAGCUUUCUAAGCUCUUUCUUUCUGGAAAGGCUACCAUUAAGGGUUCUGCAACACAAAUUUUUGCACUGUUUCGCCACCUUUCUCUUUUUGUAGGUAACUGUGUUCCAGUUGGCAACCAAGUCUGGCAGCUUUAUUUACUUCUUAGAGAAAUCAUGGACAUCAUCAUGAGCCACAAAAUCCCAGUCUCGCACAUAGCGUACUUGCAGAGAAAGAUACACCUUUUUUGUCUAGAAUUUAAGGCGUUGUUUCCGUCAUGUUCAUUUCCUUGCAAGAUGCAUUACCUCAUUCAUUAUCCAUCUUGUAUUCAGAAAUUUGGACCUUUGGUUGACAUCUGGGCAAUCCGUUUUGAGGCAAAGCACCAGUACUUUAAAGACAUUUCGCGUAAAGUUCAUAAUUGGAAGCGCAUUUCGCACACUCUUGCCAUGAGACACCAGUUCUGUCAGUGUUUUUAUUUUAUUUCUGGUGAGGACAAGAGCAUGCCGGUUACAAGUGGCUGUCAGUCUGUUUUAUAUGAGCAUCUGCCUUGCUGUGUUAAAGAGUUCAUUUCCAAACAUGACCUUGAAUGCAACAAUUGUUUUAAUGUGAAUUGUGUCACCAUGGACGGAAGGUCAUACCGCGUAGGAUGCAGCCUCGUCCUUAACGUUCCAGAUGACAGCUUGCCCGAGUUUGUGAAUGUUUGCGGACUAUUUUAUGUGAACAAAGUUCUUUUGAUCGUGUUGGAGCUACUUGAAACUGUUUGCUUCGAUGAACACUUCCAUGUGUUUGUUGUUAGCACGACUGACAAGUACAGAAUCUUAACAUCCUUCUCAGAGUUUGUGAUGGAGCCACUUUACAUACGUAAACACAUGGGGCGCAGCAUUAUAAGCACUCGACAUGCCUUGUUUUAAAAUAUUUAUUCGAGUGUUUACAAAUGUCGAUUGCUUCGUUGCCAAUUGGCGUGUAUGUUUCUUUUCUGACUCAGUGUCAUUUUCAAUCACACGCUUGUCGUGCAGCACUUGUAUUCCCGCUAAACACAGCAUCCCUGCACUUUACUACAGAAG